GACUAAGCAUUAUUUUAGUUUUAGUAUUCAUACGUUCGACGUCGUACGUCGUACUAUCGGCCGGUCACACCGGUGGGUGCUGUGUAGUCUAGGUGAACGUAUUCGUUUUUUUUUUUAGUUUUACUUAGGUAGGUAUCCUCAAUUUUAAUUUUUUCUCUUCUUUAAAAACUCAUGAAAAUGAAUCAGCUCGGCGAGUUGAAGCUGUUCGGGGUGACCCGAAGAUUUACACGACAAUAACCUAGGCUGCWACUAGGUACUUAACCGUCUUAAGCUAUCAAUGGAAAUAAAAUAUAUUGAAACCGUCUAAUUGACAAACUGAACAAUAAUAGUAAUACAAUAAUUACCACCAGGAUCGAACAUAAUAUUAUAAUGGACAGUUCUGAAUACGAAUCGGUAAGAAAUGAAACGCUGCUGUUCUUUUUUGAAAAAUUGGUUGACAAGGGCACUCCGCGAUCCCUGCACGACCUAAGUUGCCAAUUUGGUUCCAAAGGAUUUACCAAAGAGAUGCGACAGAUCGCUGGCGGAUCUCAGUCAGGCCUAAAGAAAUUCUUGUCGCAGCACCCAUCGUUAUUCACGUUAGAUGGGGACUUAGUUGCUGCAUCUCAGAUUGYUGCACCUGUACAAGCAGUUAAUAAUUAUAACCACAAAGCCGUCCAUUAUUUUAAAGAUAAGUUAUUAAAAUAUGGAGUUGGAACUGAAGUCCCAAUUCGAUGCCUACUCGGACACCGUUCUCAAGCGCCACCAGAGAUCCGGUUAAUAUCUGGUCUACACAUAAAAGAAUUUAGAGACUUUCUGAUGAAAUAUCCUGAUGUAUUUACUGUAAGUGAAGACACCAUUAUACUUACUGAGUACGCAGGACUGGAGCGUAAAUUGUAUGAUGAUAGCGACCAACGUGAAGCCAAAAUUGAUCCAGAAAUUACAAAACGUCUCUUAGCAUUUUGUGUUCAAUGCUUGGAGUGUAAAGGACCAAUGUUAACUGAUCAAAUGUUCCAUAGUAUUUCCUUGCGUUUUACAGAAAAUACUUGGUCAUCGAUUUUUAAAACUCCAUCAGAUUUGUUCACAUUUUUGAAAAUGCAUCCUGAGCACUUUAACACACAAUCCAAUUUAAUAACCUUGGCAAAAAAUGGUCCUAAAUCAGAAGUUAAAAUCACUAAAAUGCCUACAGAAGUUGUACCAUUAACACCCCCUAUGUCGCCUCCUCUACCCAAACCAACACCAAACAAUAAUCAAUCCCUUAAACAAAGAAUUAACAAUUUGGUUAUGAAAACUAUCGCAGACAACACUGAGCGAAAUAACAAAAUACCAAAUGGUUAUGAUGAUAGCGAUGCAUGGAAAGGAAAAAUGUUAAACAAGAUCAAAGCAAUUGUUACAAGUACUAAAGAAUGUUCAAAUAUUGUCGAUAGAAUUUUGGCACAAAAGUCAGCUGUUGGUAUAGAUUUUGAAGGUUUAUGUAUUGGAGCCAAUGGUCAAUUAACUUUAAUGCAAGUGGUAAAUGAAGAUGGAUUAUGUUUUAUAUUUGAUUUAAUUGCUUGUCCACAAUUAAUUAAAAGUGGAUUACAAAGUCUACUAGAAAGCGAAGAAAUACCUAAGGUGAUCAAUGAUUGUCGAAAUGAAAGUUUGAACCUGUACAACCAGUUUGGCAUUGCAAUGAAAAACGUGUUCGAUAUUCAGGCUGCCAUUGCUAUUAUUCAAUUUCAAGAAACGGGACAGCCUGUUUAUAAAGCAAAAAAUCUUAGUCUAAAUACCAUAUGUGAAAUGUAUGGUUUGCCAAUAAACUCAUCCAAGGAUCAAAUGAGAACUCAAAAUAAAAAAGAUCAAAGGUAUUGGCUACGGAGGCCAUUAUCUAAGGAUAUGCUUGCUUACGCAGCCAGUGAUGUGCUAACUCUCAUGCCUAAAUUAUAUAAAAUUUUAUCUACUCAAAUUCAUCCAUCCAAUUUAAAACUAUUUGAAGAGUUAUGUGAAGAACAAGCGUUUUUGUAUAUUUCCCCAGAUAAUGUUCAAAAGCGUAAACACCAGCGUAAAAUUGAUAACGAGUUGCAAGUUCUUAAAGAAAAAUUGUCUUCUGAUAAUGGCAAAAAUGUCGUUCUCAGUAAUAGAGAAUUAAGAUUAUUAAGGCAUUUAGAAUUAACUGAAGAAGAUAAAGAAAAGUUAAAAGGAUCCAUGAAGGUCGCAAAAAAGUUAGAAAAGAUGGAAGGAAAAAAUAUGAAAUAUAAUGGAGAGGAGUGUGAUUCCAAUGAGUUCCUCAGUUUAGACAGCAAUAUCAGUGGAAAAUCAACAUCAUCAGAUAAUUCUGCAUCUGGAGAAUUUCAAUCCAUUGUUUCUGAUCAACCGCUAAGCCUCACUGAAUCUAUGCAAAGGAUGGAUGAUGUAUUAUCUGAUAAGCUUAUGGAUCGUUUGGAAAAAAUUGAGCGUCUAGAAUCAUUGUUAACAAUGGCUAUGGAUGCAGAACCAGACCAAACAAAUAGUUUAGAUACUUCACCUUUGAGUUACAAGUGCACKUGUCGUUUAUUUGCUACAGACACUGUUGACAUGGCCACUCAAACUGAACCACUAUAAUYCAUUAUUAUUGGAAACAAAUGAGAAACGCUUUAGGUUUAUUAUUUAAUUUUUUUAAAUGUUAUUCCUUGCCAUGGCCUCUGAGCAUAUUUGUUUAGUUUACGACCAGGUUUCAUAUUGCUUUUGAUUAAUAUAAAAAGCGGUAUUGAAAAAUUUGGGUSGUGUAUACAUAUAAUACUUAUAGAGAAACUAAUUAACAGGGUUGAGUCUGUACAAUAUCCGUCCAUAAUAUUAUGAUACCUGUUAUAUUUUGUGUUACAAUAUAGCAAAGGUCAUAAAUAAUAUUCAAAAUUUGACAGCAAUAAAAAGAAAAAACCGCAAAGCGGUUAGACAAAUUAGACUGAAAAAUAUUAUAUUYUUAUUAAAUKUGCGCUAGUAUCACRACGUGCYUAUUUAGAUUUUAGAUAAAUUAAUUAUAGUUGACUUUGUUUGCUCAAACAGUAUUAACCUAAAUUAUAGUAUUGCAUUGUGAAAUCCAUGUAUUAAAAUAAAUAACAUGAACGUCUAUGUCAUGAACUAUUAUGAAGUGGAAGGUGCAUACCUGUUAGGGAAAGGCGCGAAUCCAGGGGGGCAAGGAGCCAGCCCCCCCGUAGACUGGUGGAUUUUCUAUUAUAUCUAUUGUCGUCUAUUAUAUAAGUGAAAAUGAUUUUGAGCUCGCGGGGGUAGGAGAGUUUGAAAUUUUUCAAUCCCCUUAUAUUGUGCCUCUCUUUAAGUGCCUGAUGUGGGAGAUGGACAUUUUCUCCUCGUGUAUAUUAUGCAUAUAUAUCUUAUCCACAGAUAUAUGUAUAUUGUAUAUAUGUGAACUGUAUCAUACUAUUGUCUGUAUUAUAAAUCAUUAAAAUAACAUGGUAUGAUGGUUAUAAACUAUAAUAUGGCCAAGUCUUGCACACUUCAUUGUAUUUAGUUUGCCUCAUUAUACAUUAUAAAUAUAUAUUAGUUGUAACAGAAUCAAUAAAAAAAAACAGCAAUCUCUAUACUGAUGGUCGUCGGGGUGAUGAGUAUGUGUAUCAUUAAAUUCCGAUCAUAUGUUAUUUUAUAAUGAAAAUAACCACCAAUUAUACAACUUGAGUUUACAGUUAAGAUAUAUAAUAUUUAUUAUACAUAAGCGUGUACAGAUAUUACUGUCAGGGUAGUCAAUCCUUUAUAACAUAUAAACAGACAUACACACACUUUAACCUAUAAUAUAUUAUUUUCUCAUUCACUCCUAAAGUUAUAAUAACUGAUUUGGGUUAGAUAAUUUUUUUUCCCAUAUUCUUAUAUAUUACAGUAAAUACCAUCCAACAUUAAUAUACUCGUGGAAAUAAAAUAUGAGAUUAGACAAUGAUUAAAAAUAAUAUCUCAAUAACAAUAUGUAUUUCUUUCAUCUUUAUAAUGAUUAAUGACCUAAAUUAAAUGCUGUUGAAGCAUGACUAUACAUUUCUGAAUGCUGGUUGGUUGGAUUUUUGUCUUAUCGGGGUUCUAGUUUUAGUCUUAGUUUUUUUGAUAAUAUUAAAUAUUGAGUUGGUAAGUUUAAAGUAGUCAAGUGCUGAAAAUACUGCGUGCACGCUUAUUAUCAUGUAUGUUAUGUAUAAUAAAUGCUUGCUAUGAUACGAAAAAAAUAAAUACAGUUUUAUUCUUUGACCAGAUUAGUUAUUGUUGAGUACUUACUAAUGAUUGAGUGACUAUAUAGUUACUUGAAAUAUAAUGCAUAAUAUUAUUUAUGUAUUAUGGAUGAAAUGGAAAUUGUUGAAAAAUUGCAUAUCGGUGGAAUUUAUAAAAAGUCAUAGGUACACACUUAUAAAAAUAUUAAAAUAGAUGGUAAAAAUGAAGAAAUUUAAAAAUUGUGUAAAAAAAAAUAUCUUUUUUUAA